GCCCCGGGUUUCUUCUGUUCAGUGAAGCUGAACCCCCCCGUUGCCCUUCUCCCAGGAAGGAGGGGGCCUUGCCCUCUUCCAAGAUGGCACCCCGAGGCCGUGCCCUUCCCCAAGGUGGCGCCCGCUCGCCCGGGAAGGGCGUCCUGCCUUCAGGCAAUAAGUUGCCGCCUGUGGCGGAAGUCCCGCCCUUGCCCUUCCGGCACGUGGGUGAGCGACCCCAGAAGUCCCGUGCGCGAGGCGCGGGGCUGGCGGCAUGGGGCUGGCGGGGCUGCUGCGCGCGGCGGCGGCGGGGCGGGGGGCCCGGGGCCGGGGCCUGGCGCGGGCGGCGCUGGACACGCAGGUGCCGCGUGACGUGGUGCUGUUCCGCCACGACCGCGCGCGCUUCUUCCGCUUCGUGGCGCUGCUGUGCGUGGGGCAGGGGCUGUUCUGGGCCUGGCUCGCGCGGCUCGCCUACGUGGGGGUGCGGCCGCGCCGCGCCGCCCCGGAACCGGAACCGGAAGUGGCCCCGGAACCGGCCCCGGCCCCGGCGCGGGACCAGCCCUUCACCUCCAACCUCUGGCGCUACGGGUUCUGCGGCUCCUGCCUCGCCGUCGGGUUUGUGGUGGUCGGGGGCGGGCUCCUGUUCUCGCGGCGCUCGGUGCGGCAGGUGGUGCUGCACCGGGGGGGCCAGGCCGUGACCCUGCGCACCCACUCGCCCUUCGGCCUCCGCGACUCCCUCACGGUGCCGCUGCGGGACGUGUCGUGCCGGGUGCACCGCAGCCAGGUCCCCGCCGCGCUGCCCGUCAAGGUCCGCGGCGUCACCUUCUACUUCCUGCUGGACCGGGCCGGGCAGUUCCUGAACCCGCAGCUCUUCGACCUCACCGUGGGCGCCUACAGGAAGCUGUGACCCCGCCCCGCUGUGGGCACGCGGGGGCACCCCUGUCGCCCCCCGGACUCGCAUGGAGACGGAGAGUUGGUCGCAGACGCCCCGCGGUCCCUCUGCAGCAGACGCCCCCCGAACUCCCUUCAAUGGACACGCGGACGGGGGCAGCCGGACGGACGCAGACCCCCGCACAGACACGUGGAUGGAGACAGGCAGCCGGGCAAAGGCCCCUGCCCUGCCCGCUCUCGCGCACGGACGGAGGCAGGCGCGUGGAUGGAGUCGCGCCUCUGCCCCCUGCCUCUGGGAAGCAGGUUUGGGGGGGCUGAGGUUUGGCGGACUCCCUGCAGCCCCCCCAGCCCCGCUGCACAGACACACGGGCGCAGACGGGAUGGACAGACGUCCCAGCGCGCUCCUGGAGGCAGCGGCGGGGGGAAGCUAGGAGCAGGGGGACGGGGGCCUUUGUGUGGUGUGAAAUAAAGGUGUGAAGGGCGAA